CCACGUGAAAGAGAAAGAUGCUAAUGAUUUUAUAAAUACAAAAGCACUAAUAUUCAUGCAUGAAACUGUCAGAGACAAUACAGUAACAAUUAUUUCUGGUCCACCAGGCUGUGGUAAGACAUCAAUGUCUUAUCGAGCUGCUUUGCAAUUGAAAGAAACCGACAAUUACAGUAUGAUUGUAGUUUCAAAUCCAUUGAAGCUUAUAAAGUCUAUAAAUGUAGAAACAAAACAAGUAUUUGUAAUAGACGAUAUCGUAGGAAAAUAUUCAUUAAACGGAAAUAGUUUACAGACAUGGGGAGCAGAGGCAAAUUUUAUUACAAAAAUUCUAAGUCAAAAUUUGAAUACUAAAUUGAUUGUUACAUGUAGAUCAUAUAUCUAUAGGAAUGAAAAAUUCAGUUUAUUGAAAAUUCCUCAUAUUCAUUAUGAUAUGUUAGCAGAUGAAAUGUUUUUGACAAAAGAAGAGAGGCGACUGAUAUGCAGCUGUUAUACUUCUGCAGAAGAAAUGAAGUCACUUCAUGAUAAUACUAUAAUGUUAUAUAAUUUUUUUCCAUUGAUUUGUAUGCAGUAUAGAGCUCAAGACAAGAAAAGUAUAAAUGAUUACUUUAUACAUCCGAUUGAUAUUAUUGAGACUGAAAUGAAUGAACUGAGGCUUUCGUCAGACCCUUGCUUUAUUGCUUUGGGGUUAUUAGUUAUUUUUAACAACACCAUUGAUAAGCAAUCUUUGAUGUUGCACGUCCAUAAGAUACAAACAGAAAGUAAGGUUGCUGACAUUUUAAAUGAUAUGCUACAAGAUUUAGAUUUUGGAUAUUUUGUUUCAUUAAAAGCAAUCAUUGCAAGCCUUUCAUAUAUGGAAAAUAUAUACAUUAAAGAAACGUCUUUAACAUUUACCUGUAUAAGUACAUCUUUGUUUAGUAUGUUAGUGCGAACUGUUGGGCGACAUUUUGUACCAUGUAUUUUGAAGCAUAGUAAUAGCGAAUUCAUUAAAGACUACAUUGAAGUAGCUCCAUUUUCUAAAGAGCAUAGCCUUCAUACCAUUAAUAUUGAAAGUAAGUAUGAACAACUUUAUCUUAAGCGAAUAUUAAAGGAUAUUAAUGAUGGCUUAAACUGGGAGGUUUUCUCAAGUGUUCAAAUUGAACAUGAGAAUCGCCGUCUUUUAUUCAUAGAUAUUUUGAAAACAGAAAAGCCAACCUUCUGUAAAUCCAAAAAAGACGGAACAACACCGUUGCACGUUACUUCACUUUUUGGAUACCAUGAUCUGUCAGUUUUUCUAAUUGAACAUGAUAGAUCACUGGUCAAUGCUAGAGACAACGCAGGUCAAAUACCAUUACAUAUGGCUUGUUCAAAAGGCAAUGUAGGUGUAGCUAAAUUGUUAAUUAAAUCGAAUGCCAAAGUUAAUCAAUUCGAUACUAAUAAAGUAACACCAUUUACGCUAGCUUGUACAUCUGGUAAAAUCGAGCUGAUAAAGUUUCUUCUCACAAAGAAUGUUGAUAUCAAUGCUAUAAAUUCAUUCGGAUCCUGUCCUCUUCUUGAUGCAUGCACUAAAAACAAUGUUAAAGUAUUUUCUCUUUUACUCGAACAUAAAGCCAAGGUAAAUUGUUUAAAUAAAAAUGGUGACACUCCUUUACAUUUGGCAUGUCAGACCGGACUGACUAAAAUAGUCAAUUUGUUGAUUAAUUAUGAUGCAGAUAUAAAUAAACAAAAUUUCAAAGGUUACAACCCAUUUCAGUUAGCUCUCAUCAAUGGCCAUACAGAAAUAGCUGAUAUGAUCCGAAACCCCAAAACGAAGAUAGAUUAGCUCUAUUAAUCAUUGCGUGUAAAAAAAAAUAAAGUAAACAUGUUGUAUAUUUUAAAAGAAUAAAAUAGCGUAUAUUCAAAAAGAAAUUAAGAAAAAUACGCUACAAGAAUCCUCAGAUGAAAAAUAAAUUUAAUUCUAAGCAGCCUUACGCUUCGUCAUUUUUGUAACAGUAAGUCGUUUAUGGAUUCAAUACGUUUGUAGUAACAUUCGAACCAUAAAUAUAUAUGCAAUUGAAAAUAAGUAGUAACGUACACAGUAGCUUUGAACUGGUUUAAUCCUCUUGUUAAGGGAAGAUCACAAGAAGAUAAAAUUAAUUGGUCAAAAAGAUAUGGAAUUUCGAUUACAAAACAACAACCCUCUUGUUUGAAAUCUGGACUUUACAGCUAAUGUUUAUCGUGAUUAUCAUUGUCUAUCGAUAACAAGGGUUAGUAAACAAAAACUGAAGUGGGUAUUAAAUUAGAGUGCAAAACAGAGUACAAUGACAUUUAAAAAAAAAAAAGAAACAAAAAUGUUUUUGUAUGAUUAUUAUCAAAAUUUUAAGUAUCUAAUUAAAGCUAAACAGGCAUCUAACUACGGUUGCAAAAUACUCACGUCAACUUGUUAACUAUUCAAUAACGUAAAUAACCAGAAGAAAACGAUUUAAAAUCUGAUUGGUUUGGUAAUACAUCAAGUCCAUUCACAGAAACACAUUUGUAAAACUACAUUGACUUAUGCAUUAUUUGCGUAGGCCUAAGAGUUUAUGUACGCUGAUGGUCAAUAUAACUAAGACACUGACUUAAAGUUUUUAUUUUUAUUUUGUCAUACCUUUUUACUGAUUUUAAACAGGUUUUGUGACAAAAAAUAGAAAACGAAAUACUUUUUUUAUUAAAAGUUUGGUCACCUACCAUAACAAAUGAAAUACCACUUUUUCCGAAUAUCACAGCGAUGACCUCUUCUCUGAGUUGCGAUUAAAUCAAGUUAUAAGCUUUACGUUUUAAUUGCGUGUUACACAUCAAUGCAUAACACAUACUUUUGUUUUAUCUCAAUGUUCAAACGUGAAUAGAACACGAACACAUCUACUUAUUUUUCUGUAUUUCUUGAAAUUAAUCAAUGCUAGGAAUUGAGGUCUUUUUAAACUUUACGUCAGCAGUGAUAAGCAAAGCUUAGACUUUAUCCUUCUAUGCUCACAUCUCUUGUCAAGAUAGUUAUCCCAUUAUAAAAAGCAUGUUUUCUGCAUCGACGUGACCUUUAUAGUUGAUGUUUCAAUAUAACAUAGUAACGUACAAUCUACUGAUAGUCAUGUGGAUCUGUUUAACAUUUUCAUACUAGUUUUAUAGAUUGAUAAUGAUUAUUUGAUACACCCUUUAUUGGCCGUUGAUUAUUACGUCAAAAUUUAUACCAUUUUAAGGUUGAAUUUUGAAAAAAAAGUUUUGAGAACAUUAUGUUUUAUAAACGCAUGUAAAUAAAUUUGAGAUAUAUAUGCAUAUGUUUUUUUAUACUGCAGCUAGAACAGAGUGAUAAUUGUUUACAAUGUAAAUUUCAUGUAACGUCACUUUUCUUAACAGUCGUGACCUCAUGUGCGAGUUGAAAAUAUGUUGAUUUUUGUGUUACCGUUUCAAUGACUUUCGACGUUAGCAACAGUUUAACUCAAUAUCAGAUCAAUGUCAGAAAAAUAGAAAUGUUUUGUAACAGGCAAAUGAGUGAAAUAAGCCUUUUAAUUUGGCCUUUUUUAAGUUUUUAAGCCUCAUUUGUUUUUUUGUUUUUUGUAAUUGACUGCAUAUUGUUUAUCUUAUAUUAAAUCUAGUCGAAGUUGUAUGUAUCUAUCAUGUCUAUGUACUUUUGCUUAUUCAUACAAAUAUUGAAUUUAGUUAAAUGUAAGUUUACAUUAUAUACACGUAAUAAAAUUUAUAUAAAUAUC